UGACGCUUUGUGGUUUAGAGAGCUUCGGGUCCUCCCUCCUGCUUUUCACAUGAUCUGUAAGCUUUCACAGAGGAGAGACAGGAAUGUUGAGAGGAGCGACAACAUCGAUGGCUGAGCGAAGCCACAGUCCCUCCAAAAUGCGUUUAUUUUACACUGUGGCCAUCUGGGUGACAUUCAUUCACUGCACCGAUGGAAUUCCCUGGACACAAGAAAAACUCCAUCACCGAGCUGUCACUCUAACACAAGAUGAGAUCAGUGCCGCCCUGUCUCACACUGACCUGGAGCAGAUGUGGCUGAGGGACCUGAGGCCGCUGCUGGUUACCAGGUACCCAGGCUCUGCAGGCAGCCAGGCUGUGCAGCAGCAUAUCAAAACAACCCUUGGUUCCCUCGGAGCAGGCUGGGAGGUGACAGAGGAUAAGUUCGCGUCAGAAACACCCUAUGGCACCCUGCCCUUCACUAACCUAGUUGCAACCCUCAACUCGUCAGCCAAUCGCCGCCUUGUCCUGGCCUGUCACUACGACUCCAAGUACUACCCACCACAAUGGCACGGGAGGGAGUUCCAAGGCGCCACUGAUUCUGCUGUUCCCUGUGCCAUGAUGUUGGAGCUGGCACGAGCCCUGGAUGAAGAACUGAAAGCUCAGAAGAGCUCCAAUCCCGACCUGACUCUGCAGUUGUUCUUCUUUGAUGGAGAGGAGGCUCUUUUCCAGUGGACGGGCACAGACUCCCUUUAUGGCUCUCGCCACCUUGCCCAGAAGAUGGAGAGCACCCCACACCCCGCCGGAGCCACAGACACCAACCAACUACACGGCAUAGAUCUGUUUGUGUUGAUGGACCUGAUCGGGGCUCCUAGCCCACGCUUCGGCAACCAGUUCCCCAGCACAACACCCUGGCUCUCCAGGCUGCAGAGCAUUGAAAGGCGUUUACACUCCAUGAACCAGCUUGUGGAUCAUAACAACGUGCAAUAUUUCUGGCCCAAUCAACCUGUUGGCCAUGUACAAGAUGAUCAUAUACCAUUCUUAAACAGAGGUGUGCGCAUCCUCCACCUCAUCCCCUCCCCCUUCCCAUCCGUGUGGCACACGUUUGAUGACAACGAGCAGAACUUGGAUCGCUCCACUAUUCAGAACCUCAACAAGAUCCUGCAGAUUUUUGUUCUGGAGUACCUCAAUGCCAGACCCGCCAUCCCUGCAAACCCACAGAAUGCCCCAUAAAAAAAAUCCCAGCAUACCAAUUUGACAACUUUCUUUUCAUGUUUCACUGUAGUAAAGAUCUUCAGCUGUUAUUUUAUAGACUGGAGGAAUACACUGUAUUUGAUGCUGUUUAAACACCAACAAUAUGUAUUCAUUGAGCUUUAAAUUGUGAGGUUGAGACUCAACACUGCACAUCAGACCGGUGCCAGCCCCACAAAACAUUUUACGUAAAGAAUAUGUUUAGAGAUGCUUGAUGUCAUCUACAUCCACAUUUUUUUUAUUUUGCAAUCUUUUUCUAAACAAAUUUGGACUUUGGUACGUGAAAUGUAUUUUGUUCCCAAAUGGGUUCAUAAGAUUCUGAAGCUUCAUCUUGCCUUUAGGUCUUAAGUCCCUAGCACACAGGCUCUCCUGUGUGUUUUUUACUACACUGCUCUCUUUAUAUCGGCUUCAAACCCUCCUUUACACUGUGAUGAGGCAUCAAUGCUCAUGUCUAGGAUAUGGUGCCUCAAAGAGAAGGAAAAAGCACAGCGCAGGGGUUAAAGAAAAUAAUUGUAAGCAGUUAAAAUGCUAUGACAGCCUUAAUUUUUCCACCUUCAUUUCCCUGGCAACAUUGAAAUAAGUGAAUGCAUUGCAAGUCCAAAGUUGGUGAUAAUUUCAUUAUGAAUGAAGUCACAUCCAUUAAGGGUGAACCAGUGGAGUGUGUGCAGUCUUACAAAUACUUUGGGACAAUCAUUGAUUCCAAGCUGAGUUUUGAAGCCAACUGUGAAACGGUGUAUAAAAAGGGGCAUCAAUGUCUUUUCAACUUUUUAAGGAAACUGUGCAAAUUUCAAAUUGAGAAAACAUUGUUGAGUAUGUUUUAUCGUGCUUUUAUUUAAUCCGUACUCUCUUUUUCUCUGGUGUCUUGGUACGGGAACUUAACUUUAAAGAGCCGGAACUCUAUUAACCAGAUUGUGAAAUGGUCCAGUAGGUUGAUUGGGGAACCACUACUGAACCCAGCUUCGCUGUAUACUAGGCACGUACAGCGCAUGGGUAUUUCAAUCCUGAGUGACCAGCUUCAUCCGCAGUAUUAUGAGUUCCAGUAUCUGCCGUCCAAUCGACGGCUAAGAGUACUGCGGUGUACAACAAAAUGAUAUAAAAACAGCUUUGUCCCAUUAGUGAUACAUUUUAUGAAUAGCAAUAAGAUGGGGAAAUUGUCUUAGUGUGAUUUUAGCGUUUUGUUCUGUGUGUAUGGUGUUUGUUGUUUAUAUGUUUGAGAAAUAGCCUGAACUUGUUCUCUGGAACUUAAUUUACCUACGGGUACAAAUAAAUGAACCUGAACCUGAACCUGAAUUGCUAUGGGAACCGCUGUAGCCUGCUUAUAGUCGUGUAAUAACAUCCAGAAUCUCUGACCUGUCAUGUGUGAUAAAUAUAUACAAUAUGGCCACCCACAUGAUGCUACCAAAAGAGCAGAGUAUAAGGCAACACACAUGACAUGUGUUUUAGCUACAGCCUAGGGUACGUGACAUAUGCUCUCCUACGAAAAUGUGUUCAGAGCAAACCUGUCAGGGGCAGGAAGUGGGUUUAUAUUCUUUAGCCUUUCAUAUCCUGUCAUCUUAGAUAGUGAAGUGGAUAACUUCCUGUGCUGAUGUUUUGCCUGCUUUUGUUGAAAUCACAUCAGUAGGCCGAUCUUAAUGUAAAUCCCAGAAUAAUAUACAGUGCCAAAACUGGACUUCCUAUAUUUUGAAGCUGAAAUAAAUGUUGAUUCAGAAUACAAGCGAGA